UGUUUCUCUCCGUUAGCCUUCGAACAUAUUCCGCCUUUAGUGUCAAACAGGAUCGAUAGAGAUGGUAGCAAUGACGCGAUAUUCAUUUGGGAUUGCCGUGGUAGCAACCAUCCUGCCAUCGGUGUGGUGUGCGAUGGUUAAUCUGCCAAUUCACUUUCGCAAUAGUUAUGCAUCCGUGGAAGUAGAUAUUGGGACACCUCCUCAAGCACAUUUCCUUCAUUUCGACACUGGUUCAUCCUCCACAUGGGUGGUUGACCAGAAGUGCGCGACAACUUGUCCGAACGGAAGCGGGUAUGUCCGCAAAGGUUACAACAUCUCCGCCUCUUCGACUGGUACGCCUCUAGGGACUUAUGGGAGCAUUGAUUAUUUUGGGGGAAAGACUGCCGGCCCAGGUGUAGCCGACACUUUCAGCCUCCUGGCUGGAACUCAGGGGCAUGCUGCGUUAACAUGGAAUCAAACAUUCUUGGCUGCGAAUGAGACCUCUUGGCGAUUCAUCUCUGCGGAUGGGUUCUUGGGAUUGGCCUUUAGCACGAUUGCUGUCGCAAACACCACAACGGUGGUCGAGACGCUGAUGCAGCAGGGUCACCUUGACGAGCCCCAAUUUGCGAUCUACUAUGGUAAAGAGUUCGAGAAUACCAGUACAAACCCGGAAGGUGUUUUUACCAUCGGUGGCUCGAAGGAGGAGCAGUAUGUCGACGGUGACUUGACCUACGUCCCACUAGCACAGGAAAAAGAGUAUCAGGUAUGGCGCGCCACUCUCUCAUCAAUAACUGGAUCAACCAAUGCAGGCAAGAAGCAAGCCACCAGUAAAUUUGAAGGGGGUCGAGCAGUCUUCGAUACCGGGGCCGGAGCACUCCAGGUACCGUCAAAUGCCAUUUCAGAGAUUUACGCAUCAAUUGGCAUGAACUGGACCGCCAUUAGUCAAGGUGGACAUAUCCCCAUGUGCUCAGACUUCAACUCCAGCUGGUCGGUUACUUUUAAUUUCGGGGAGUCCGAAACAGACCCCAAGUUGACUUUAACCGGCGAUCAACUCGCCCAGCCGGGGUUUGCUGACAGGAAGGAUGCGUGCAAUCCCCCCUUCGACGAUAGUGGGAGCGAGGAUUUCGCACUUCUUGGUACGCCAUUACUUCAGCAGUUUUAUACUGUGUGGGAUUUUGGAGCUACGGAGGUGGCCGACUAUCAUCCUCGGAUUGGAUUUGGGAAGUUGAAAGCAGGAGUGCGACCGUGA